AUGAUGCAGCAAACGAAGACAAUGACAGGUGUCCACUCUUUAGGCGCUCAACAGAGCAAGAAGCUGUUGAUCUUGGAUGUUGAUGUUGGGAUAGAUGAUUCCCAGGCACUGAUGAUGGCUCUGACAGCUCCCAACGUGCACAUCCUGGCAAUAACCUGCACUCACGGUAACUCGGGCAUAGAGAACGUGUGCACGAACGUGCUGAGCGUGCUGAAACAGUGUAACAGGAUGGAGAUCCCUGUCUACCGUGGAGCAGGCACCUCUCUCCUGGGUGUACUCCAUCCCAAUGCCGCUUCCCAUGGGAAGAAAGGGGUGGUCGAUGCUCCCCAUCCCGAUGCUAAGUGCGUGGAACAUAUACAUGCCGAACACGCGGUGAAUGCCAUGGCACGGAUAGUUAAUGAGCACCCCGGGCAGAUCACACUUGUUGCGCUUGGACCCAUGACCAACGUGGCCCUGGCUGCCAAGAUGCACCCCACCUUUCCUUCAAAGCUGAAGAGUGUGUACAUCAUGGGUGAAUACUUUGAAGCUCAAGAUAAUGUGAGAGUCUGCGGUGCGUUCAACUUUUUCACAGACCCAGAAGCAGCUUCCAUUGUGCUGAGCCACUUCACUUGUCCCAUUAACAUCACCACCUUGGAGUUCUGCCUCCGCCAUCGUCAGCCCAUGGUGACAACAGGUGGACAGCAGGUGACUCAAGAAAGCGAAAAGGCUCAGUCGAUGAAGAAGGUGACUGCACAAACUGCAGACUCCGCCCAGCAAGUCCAAAGUACCAAGAUGUUGCAAUUUGGAAGUGGCAUUGUGUCCUAUGAUUCGUACACAAUGGCUGCUGCCAUCGAUGACUCGAUGGUGAAGGAGCGCGCCCAGUACGGGGUGUGUGUGGAGUUGCACGGUUCACUGACCAGGGGCAUGUUGGUCGUGGACACCCUCAACAUCCUGAAGCUUCCACACAAAGCCACCGUCUUCGUGGAAUGUGACAUGGAAAAGUAUAAGAUGCUGCAGAUUAAGGCCCAGCAAUAA